AUGACAAUAAAAGUUUUGAAUUCUCCUCCUGCUCUCCAGGGCGAUCCCGGCGGGCUCUCUGUGCUCCAGCAGCUCGGUCUGGACCAGAACUCGGACUUCUCGGACUCCAGCGUGCAGCAGUGUCUGGACGAGCAUCGGGAGCGGAUCCGCAGGGAGAUCCGUAAGGAGCUGAAGAUCAAGGAGGGGGCGGAGAACCUUCGCAGAGCCACGACGGAGCGGAGGAACGCCCAGCAGGUGGACUCGCAGAUCCGCAGCUCCAAGCGCAAGCUGGAGGCGCUGCACGACCAGCUGCAGGAGCUGGACGCACACAUCGUGGUGAAGGGCCCCGACGAAAACGAGGAUGCCCCUAGAUCUCCGGGUUCGCUCAACCGGACGUCGGCCAUCCAGCGGAGGAUCGCGGCUCUGGAGCGUCAGCUGAACAUCGAGCUGAAGGUUAAACAGGGGGCGGAGAACAUGAUCCCGAUAUACGCCAACGGAGGAACCAAGGACAAGAAGCUGCUGCAGAUGGCUCAGCAGAUGCUUCAGGACAGCAAGACGAAGAUCGACAUCAUCCGAAUGCAGAUCCGAAAAGCCAUGCAGGCCACGGAGCAGUCGGAGGAGAACCAAUGUAUCUAUCAUCCAAAUCCUGCUUUCACCCCUCCUUCCCAAAGCUGAUAAACACACUGCAUAUUUUAUGAUGCAGUGUGGUAAUGGAUCGAUUCCUGCCUCAGAACUCCACGGUGUUCCAGACACACACACACACACACACACACACACACACACACACACACACACACACACACACACAUGCAUA